UAUUUCUUUGCAUACAAUUUUCUGACACCGAUUUCAGUAACAACUUCGAGCCGUAAGGAAACAAAUCUCAAGCAUAUUUUAAAUAUUUCAUAYUUUACGUUCAUUAAUUUACAUAAAUUACGGCGGUCCAGGUUAAAUCAAGCGAAACUACAAAAUAAAAUAAAAAUGAGUGUGAUUUUUACGGCUGUCAAGUGUUUCGUCUUCGCUUUCAAUUUCUUUAGUUUGUUGCUGGGCAUUUGUAUUGUUUGCUUGAAUAUUUUCGGUUUGGAGUUUGCCGUGCGGAAUACCGAUGAGCACACGUACUGCAUAGUUGGGAUCAUAUUGGGCUCAUUCGUAUGCAUGUCCACAUUAUUCGGCUGUUAUGGCGUCAUCUGCGAGUCGUUGGGCGUCAAUGUGAUUUACUCGUUCUUUAUGCUGAUGUUGUUAUGCACGCAGUUGUUGCAAAUGCAGACGUAUAAACAUCAGAAAUUCUUCAUAAAUGCUCUAGAUCUAUUGGAGGAUGCCUGGGACGAUGUGGAUGUGGAUCCGAAUGCAAUGCAGUCGGUGGAGAUAAAUUAUCACUGCUGUGGUCUCUACAAUGCCAAUGACUAUAAGUACAGACGUAUGGAGACGCCCGCGAGUUGUUAUCGCUACCAAAAUGCUACGCUUGAAUCGAAUUUAUUUUCGCGCGGCUGUGUGGAAGCACUGGAAACGUCAUAUCACAAGACCAUGGAGCGUGAAAACAUUUUCAACUGGUCACUAUUAAUCUGUGAAUGCGCAGUCUUCCUCUACUCGUGCAUACUGAGUAUUUUACUCUUCAAGCGCACGCAAUCAAGAGAUCACACACCCGAGGAUGGCCAUUUGCCAGCGCAGCCGGUGCAACGCAUCAAUCAUUGUAAUUCGCGAACUCACCUAUUGUCUAACUAAAUAAAUGGUAGUAAAACAAAUAUGAAAUGCAAAAGUCUGGUAAAAACUGAUUUUUUUUAUUCAAAUUAUAUGUAUUAUAUAAAAAUUCGAAAAUACUGUUAUAUUCACUAGUACCAACAAAUUAUAGGUUAUCUUAAAUUAAUUGUAGAUACGUUGUAUAAACAUAUACUAUAUAGGUAUGAAUAAACUAUUUUARUUAAAAUAUGUUUGUAAAUUCACAAUAUGCGACUGCUUGCACACAUCUUCAUUUCAUGUACGCUAGAAUUGUAUAUAUAAAUUUUUUUUAAUAAAAACUAUUUUUCCCACUUAACAA